AUGAGUGAUUUGCAGAAGGCGUGGGCGAAGAAGAAGAUGGAGCUGAGUAAUGCAGAUGUGUUCAAUGAGCUAGACGAAGAGGAGGAGGAGGAGGAGGAGAGCGGUCGCAUAGGGGAGCUCCCGGAAGCCUUGGACGACGACUCCUCGUCGGCCUCGUCGGCCUCAUCCACCGGCACCGUGGUUCCCACCCCGAGCAGGAAGCUGUUUGCGAGGCCACUGGGUCCGCCACGAGGGGGAGGCAGAACUUUGGACCAGAUACCUUGGACGACGUAUUUCGAACGGGAGCUCUUCCUCGAAGGCCAGAAGGACGAGACCGGCAUGGCUCAGAUCAUACAUCAUGCCUACCUGAACUCACCUGGCGAUAAGGGCCCACUGUUCGUGAUGCACCACGGCGCUGGGUCAUCUGCCCUGUCGUUUGCAGUGGUAGGCUCCGAGAUCAGGAAGCGGCUGCCAUCUGCAGGCAUCCUGUCCCUGGACGCGAGAGGCCACGGAUCGACGGUCACGCCCCCAGAUUCGCCGCUUGACCUCCGCCUGGAGACAUUGCGCAAAGACUUGUUGUCCGCAAUUCAGCAGACCCAGGCGCAGAUGGGCUGGAAGGAAUUACCCCCCAUCGUUCUCGUCGGCCACUCACUCGGAGGGGCUGUCGUGACGGAUCUCGCAAAAUCGCACGCCCUGGGAACUUCGCUGCUCGGAUACGCCGUUCUGGAUGUUGUCGAGGGCUCCGCCAUGGACGCGCUCCAGAGCAUGACAACAUAUCUGUCUACCAGGCCCACGGGCUUUGCCUCGGUCCAAGCUGGCAUCGACUGGCACAUUCGGUCGAGGACACUCCGCAACUCGAUCUCAGCGCGCACCAGUGUGCCCGCCCUGCUGAUUCAGGAUCAGAGCCCAGACUUGAGCAGGCCCUGGAAGUGGAGGACGAAUCUAGCUGCCACAGAGCCCUUCUGGUCCGACUGGUUCGUGGGUCUGAGCAAGAAGUUCCUCGAGGCCAAGGGCGGCAAACUACUGAUCCUGGCCGGUACCGACCGGCUGGACAAGGAAUUGACCAUCGGUCAGAUGCAAGGCAAAUAUGCCUUGCAUAUUUUCCCGGAGGCUGGUCACUUCGUCCACGAAGAUGUGCCUGAAAACACGGCCAUGGUAAUCGUCGACUUUUACAGACGCAAUGAUAGAAGUGCCCUGGUCUUGCCACCGAAAGUAGGAGAUCUGUUAGCACAGGGGAAGCGAGUCUAG